AUGGGAGGAGGAGCUUUCAGGGCAGCGUCGAAGCUAGCCGGAAUUGCCGCGACUACCGGGUCUAUCCGUGGCAUCGCGGCGGAGCGCUUCCCGUUGUCCGCCGCACGAAAAGCUAGCUCGGUUUUUCCUGCGGCGACGACGGUGGAGGACGUGAAUCUCGUGGCGGAGGCAGGAGUGCAAAGGCCCUGUUCGGGGAUCGACGAUUGGGUGUUCGCCGGCGGAGAGAAGGAUGAUCUUCCUAGCGGCGGUGAGCCGCUUCCGAGGGUUGUCUUUGGUGGUGUGCCGAGUCUUCAGGAAGCCAAGGAGGCCACUUCUGAACUUACAGUCGCACUUGACAAUGCCUAUUUGUCGUCUCCCAAUUCAGUCGGCUGCAAGAGUUCAGUUGGAUCAGAGAAUGACUGUAUCAUGUCUCUAACAAACAAACAGGAUGACGACGUCAAAGCUUGUGUUUCCAGUGAUGUUGCUGUGCCAGCCCCUGCUAUUAUGGCGUUUAGGUUUCUGCAUGAGAACCCUAUGGCCCAGAAUGUUGUUGCUUCUAUUGCCUGCGAUCCUAAUGUCUGGAAUGCCGUAUUACAAAACAACGAGCUACAAGACUUUCUCCAGUCACAGAGAGCAUGUUCUUUCUCUGAGAGGACUUUGAAUGUGAAGUUGGUUGAUGGUUCCGAUUUUCCUGAUUGUUCGUCUACUAAAAGCACUGAUGAAGCACCUGGGCCUGGGGGCGGGUUUACGGAUUUUCUUCAGAGGAUAAAGAGCACUGUAAUUGAUAUGAUGAAUAGCUUGUCUGAUUACUUCACGAGUUUCUUUGGUGGUAAGGGUGUCAGUGGGGUCUUCGUAAAUGCUGAUGGAACUGCAAGGUUGAAUGGUGAGACAGUUAUGGAGAGAUCAUUUAUGGGAUUAGCAGUCAUGGCCAUACUUGUGAUUUUGCUUAAGCGAGCUUAA